CUCUUCUUUUCUUCUCAUCAACUGCAACGAACAGCAAAACACACAGACACUCACCUUGAAACCCACCAAAGUACACACACCAUCAUCAAAAUGUUCCGCCAACAGCUCGCCCGCAACGUCCGCCUUUUCAGCACCUCUGUCCGCGUCCAGAAGGGCCCGGUCGAGGCCGCCAAAGACACGUUGAAGGAGGUCGACAAGAACGUCUCGUCGACCAUUGUCGCAGGCAUUGAGAAGGGCGAGCAAUUGACCGGUCGCGCCAAAGAACAAGCCGCCGAGGGCGCGAAGGAGGCUCAGCGAAAGGCCGAGGACGUCAAGGACCAAGCUGCGAGGACCGCGGAGGACGCCAAGGACAAAGUAAAGCAGUAGAUUGGAGAUCCUUCAGAGUACGAGCCUGCAGCAAUGGUGCCAGCAAGGAUACCAGAAGCAUGAAUGAAUGCCCUAAAAAUGAUACUUGUGGAAUACAGACCUGAUAAUGAAGCGUUAUGAGAAGCG